CUAACCAUGUUCGGCUAUAUGACACGAUGACUCCUGGUGCAUUCACGUGGACCCCCACAUUGUUUUACAAAAACUGACUGUUUCGUAUUAUAUGUUGAUUACGGACUAUGAUAAAUUCCGUAACAAGGAAAAUGAUUUUCCUUAAAUUGAUUCGCCCGUACAGUCAAUUCACCAACAACAAACCGGCUAACCUCAUCAGAAAUGAAUUUUUAGAUUACUUCACGAAGGAUUUAAAGCACAGUUUUAUUCGUUCCAGCCCCGUCUCUCCGAUUACCGAUCAUUCCCUGGCGUUUAUCAAUGCUGGCAUGAAUCAAUUUAAAGGGAUUUUCUUAGAUUAUUACAAACCUCCUGUGACAAAAGUUGCAAACUCACAGAAGUGUAUCAGAGUUGGUGGGAAGCACAAUGAUCUAAGUGUUGUUGGCAAAGAUAGUUAUCACCAUACCUUUUUUGAAAUGCUUGGCAACUGGUCUUUUGGAGAUUAUUUUAAAGAGGAUGCUUGCUCGUAUGCUUGGAAUCUUUUAACAAAUGUAUAUGGCAUACCUACAGAAUAUUUAUACGUAACAUAUUUUGGUGGUAAUGAGGAACUAGGCAUGAAUCCAGAUCUGGAGUGCAAAGAUAUUUGGUUGAGACUCGGUCUUCCGGAAUGUAAAGUUUUACCUUUCGGUAUGCGAGAUAAUUUCUGGGAAAUGGGGGUAUCAGGUCCUUGUGGACCUUGUACAGAGAUACAUAUUGACUAUAUGAAACGAUCAACUAAUCAAGCCGAACGAGUGAAUAAAGGAUAUGCUGAUCUUAUGGAGUUAUGGAACAUAGUUUUUAUACAAUGUGAAAGGCUUACAAAUGGAUGUAUAGUACCUUUACCAAACCAUCAUGUUGAUACAGGCAUGGGACUUGAACGAUUAGUUACUUUUCUACAAGGAAAGAAAUCAAAUUAUGAUACGGACCUCUUCCAGCCAUUAUUCGAUGCAAUACGAAAACAUUCGAACGCACCAGAAUAUAAGGGAACGUUUGAUGAUGACACAGGCAAAACUAUGGUUACAGAAUUGCCACUUGAUUACGGUUACAGAAUUCUAGCUGAUCAUGCAAGAAUGAUUACUGUUGCAUUGGCUGAUGAUAUGUUACCUGAACAACAUCCAAAGCUGCGAAAAGUAUUGCGACAUGCAAUAGACAUAGGAGAGAAAAUUUUCAGAAAAUCUGGCAUAGUUUCAGAACUUGCUUGCAAUGUAGCUGAUAACCUGGGUGUAACUUAUCCAGAAUUGCAUACUAAUCUAAAACAGGUACAAAGGAUAAUAGAUUUUGAAGAAGAUUUAUUUAAAAAAUUACGGAAUACUUCUGGUAAAAUGUGGAAUAAGAUGAUUAAAACUCGUCCCGAAUUGAUAGCAAUUACUGAUUGGAUGGCUUCUGGUCUAGUUGAUGGCUAUAAAGAUCUACAAUCCAUGUUGAAAGAAUUACGUAAAACUAAUGUAUUACCUGGAACUGUCGCAUUUAAGCUGUAUGAUACAUACGGUCUGAAUUCGGAAACUAUAGCGGAACUGGCACAAAUCGAAUGUUUAUACUUUGAUGAAAUCGACUUUGAAAAGCAACUUGAUAAUCGUAAAUAUCAAUCAAGAAUUGGAUUAGACAAACAUAGUGUUGUAAUUUCUGAAGAAUCUUUAGGAAUACUUAAAAAAAAUCAUGUACCUAAGACGGAUGAUUCAUUCAAGUAUAAUUAUACGUAUAAUGGAAAUACGUACGAAUUUCCAGUAUUUAGCAGUAAACUCAUUGGAAUUAUUGUUAAUGAUGAAUUGGUUGCAAGUAAAAAUUAUUCCGAUAUUAUAAAAACUAAUAAUACUAAUAAAAUAGUUGUAAAUAUCGACGAAAUAUUAAACAGUACAGAUAAUAUUGGAAUUAUUUUGGACAAGACUAUAUGUUAUUCAUUAGAAGGUGGCCAAGUUUCAGAUAAAGGGAAUAUUUGUAUUAAGAAUCUACUUUUUAAUAUAGACAAUGUUAGAAAAGUAAACGGCUAUGUGAUUCAUUCUGGACACUUUGCCAAAACAGAUUUACCUAUAUCAGAGCUGCAUUUACAAAUAGACGACGAUUGUCUAGUCAAUAUAGAAUCAAAUAUUCGUAUUGGAGCGAUGAAACAUCAUACAGCAGCACAUUUAUUAAAUGCAGCCUUAAAGCAAGUUAUGCAAGUAAUUUAUCAACGUGGAUGUACAGUCAGUAUGGAUAGUUUAAAACUUCAAUUCAAUUCGUUAGGCGAACAACUUACAUUAAAACAAAUGGAGGCAAUAGAAGCUUCCGUUAACAAUGUCAUACAGUCUCGUGCUGUAACGACUGUGCAAACUGUGAAUUCGCUCGAACUGUUAAAACAAAACGAUGUUACAUUAAUCCCAGGAGAGAUAUAUCCUUACACAGACAUUAAAAUCGUAGAAAUUAAUACUGACGAUUUGAAAGCAAAGGAAACGUGUUGUGGUACGCAUGUACAUAAUACUGGUGUACUGCAACACUUCUGCUUUUUAACAUAUACCUCAAAGGGAGCAAUGAAACGCACUGUUAAGGCUGUUGUUGGUCCUGGAGCUCUAAGUAUGAAACAAGCCGGUGAAAAUUUAUGUCAGAGGAUUGCAGAGCUAGAAGACGUUUUACGAAGUGGCAAAUUCAUAUAUGAGCUAUUUAAUACAGAAUUAAAUCAAAUAAAACAAGAAAUUAAUAACCAGGACGUACAAGUACCAUUACCUUACUUGGUUAAAGAGAAAUGUUUGACACAGCUGGAGAAUUUAAGCAAGACGGCAUGGCUGCGAGAGAAAGAAAUCGAAAAAGAUUCUAUAACUCGUGAAAUCAUUGAUGCCACGGAUUCAUCUUGUUUUAUUGUGUAUUGUCUAAAUAAGAAUCCCACAUAUUUGUCAUUGCAUGAAGUUGCAUCUCUCUUUUCUGAGAUGCCAAUUUUAAUUCUGUCAUGUACGAAUGGAUUUGUAAAAGCAAGAUGUUCCAUGCCACAGGAAAUAGCUUCUAGUGCAUUUAAUGCACAAACUUGGAUGAAUAUCAUCCUUCAAAUUUUUAAUGCAGAGUACGGACCUAUCAAGGGAUUCAAACCUAUGUUGGUCGCAAGUAUGAAAUCUACAAAAGUAUCGCAGGAUUUUCAGAUACGUAUGGAAGAAGCAAUUACAGAGGCUACCAAAUUUGCAUUUGCGCAUGUAAAAAAAGUUAAGCUCUAAUAAUAAAAAUCAGUGAACGAUUUAUUUUAUAUUGUAUUUUAUCUCUCUGUUCUUUCUAUUCGAAUGGAUAUAUACGUAAUUUAGCGUAGUAUUUAA